AGAGUUAGCUUGGAACCCACUAGCACAAAAUAGCUUUCGUGUUGCGUUUAGAGGUUCAUUAGGGCAAAUGGGAAGUUUAGUAAUCGAUUUGGAAUACAUCGCUGAAUGGUUCAUUGUUGCUAUACGUCACAGUUUCGCCAUUCCAAAUUAUCUUGUUGCCGCGGAAUGUACAAGUUAGCAUCAAGAUAAACCGUUGAAAGAAGCGGCGUUGGAGUCACUUUAUCUUACCCAGCAACACCGAGCAACUCGCCGGACUCCAUUUUUCCUCCAAAGCCGAGCUGCGUCUCACGUGUCCUGGGCUGUCUCCUCUCACAUGACCGGAGUGUUUGUUCCCGUGAUCAAGCACUUCCAUCUCCAUCCGUGGCAUUGAAGUUUCCUUUUUUUUUUUUUUUUUUCUCGACACUGAUGGAUAUGCUCGAACAGAGUCUGGACAACGCCAGCCAAGAUAAACAAGACGAGGAGGUGCAAGCAUCUGACGACGGAACUGGGGACGAGCAGACGGCUGUCACCAUACAGGAGGCCACGGCAUUUGGUGAUCACAACAUCCAAUACCAAUUCCGCACUGACGGGGGACAGGUGACGUACCGCGUGGUCCAGGUCACUGACCAGAACCUUGAGGGACGGGACGACGCUGGCGAAGCGGUGAGCGUUGUCUCUGCAGCGGCCUUCAGCGGCGCUCCACAGGCGAUUGCUCAGGCAGUGAUUCACAACCCUUUCAGUAAUGGAGGAAGCCCGGCGGGGGAGUCGGCAGGCGGGGAAGCGCGUUUCGCCUACUUUCCCGCAGCGGCUGUGAGUGACGGCGCCGUGUCUGUGCAGGCCGCCGCCGCCGACCCUACGCUUACACAGGCGGGAGGCAGUUCUACGUGAGUGAUGACCCCUCCUGAUGUCAUUCAGACAGGCGCCACACGAAACAUUGCACCGCGCACGCAACCCUUCCCAGCGGAUGAAAACGAGACGCUGCGGCACGAAGGUUUAAACUGGAAAAUGGACGGUCCGCGAACGCCACGAGAUGAAAGGAGGAGAGCGCAACAUAAUGAAGUUGAAAGGCGGCGGAGGGACAAAAUCAACAACUGGAUUGUGACACUGUCUAAAAUCAUCCCUGACUGCAACAUGGACAGCACCAAAACCGGAGCGAGCAAAGGAGGCAUCCUGUCCAAAGCGUGCGACUACAUCCGCGAGCUACGGCAGGGCAACCAGCGGUUGCAGGAUAGCCUGAAGGAGGUGGAGAGAAUCCAAGUGGACAACGAGCUGUGCAGGCAGCAGAUCGAGGAACUGAAGAACGAGAACGCCUUGCUGAGAGCGCAGCUCCAGCAACAUGGCAUCGAGAUGGUGGGGGAGACAUCUCCGCAGUAGCGACAAAGGAGCCGCCACCGCCGAACCAUUUCGGAAAAUGAACCAAGGACUUGUGAAGGAUCAUGCGUAGCAAACUCGCCGACGCUACCCUCUUCACAGCCUCACUGAGGUCGCUCUUUGGGCGUCGAGGCAUCAACACUGAACUCCGCCUCACUCAAGGACGGUGACAUUUAAUUUCAUGAAGUCUGCCCCCCCCCCACGGCUCCCCAACUUACCCGGAUGGUCAUUAUCGUUACGUUGGACUAUUAAUUGACGCUUUCUGUCUUCUUUAUUAAUGUCCUUCUUUAGCUGCUUUAACUUAUUAGUGUGCUAGCUGACAGGUUGUGGAAUGGAGUGCAGUUACAGAGGCGAGACCCCGAAAGAGUCAACAAUCAAUUACGUGCCAGCUUUGACACAAUAUUAUUGUUUUGGGGGGGAGGACAUCCGAUGUGCAAUUGUGACGUUUGAUCAAGAGCGGGGAGAGAAUACUUGAAAUGUUGGGCAUUUUGCAGACGAAUCCCACCGUGGAUGACACGCUUGGAAAUGCGACGUAAGCAUAGGAAGUGCGGGAGGGACCUGCAGCGCCCCGUCCCUCCGCCUACCAGGGGGAGUGCACCUCAAAAGAAAAGCAAACCAUCUCUCCUUCACUCAGACGUUAUCCGAUUUAUUUUUCCCUUACAUCUGUGGCAGCAUGUCAAUCAGUUUUUCUUAAAACAUCUUCACUGAUCUUUUCUCAUCACGCUGUCAGCCGCUUGAUCCAACGUCGGAAUCAUGGAGGCUUUCUGCUGCAGCAGAAUGUGAAGUUGAGGUGAAUAAUGCAAAUGCUAUACAGACAUUCGCUAAUUUGCUAAUCAUGAAAAGGUCAUAUUGUGGCGGAUUCCAGCCCCCCCGCCGCCUCCUCUCUUUCGCUCCCCUCAAAUCUUCUUUUAAAAUGGCAAAAUGAAGAAGACAAACUUCCACAGAGCCAAUCCGACCCUCUGUGUAGCCGAUUCACUGUCUCUCAGGUUAGAUUAUAAAGCUGCUUUUCUAUCUACAAAUGGUUUAAAAUAAACUAGCUAUUAUCCUCCA